ACGAGGGCCGGCGCCCCGGUGAUGCCGAGGUUACGGUCCCGCACCGUCGGCCCCCGGUUGGGACCGAAGGAGCCUCGAACGAGCCCCGACCAUGGAGUCUUCGAGCAGCCGAGGAGGAAGAGGCGGCGAAAGGGCCGGGCCUGCCCGCCAUUACCUUCACCCUCAGGGGACAAGGGGCGAGCGGUCACCCCGCCAUGGGGGCCCCACGCCCGGCCCGGCCCAGCGGCUUUGGACCCUUUUAGCGGAGACGAGAAAGAGGCGUCGAGUGAGGAGGAGGAGAAGCGCUCGACGCGGGCCCGGAAACCCAAGAAAAAAAGAAAAGUUAAAGAAGGCUUAAAUGAAAAGGAUGGCAAACCGACAGGGAUUGGUGGUAAUAGGAAGGUGUCGUUAACCGAAGCUGCUUCCCUCCAAAUAAGGGAAUGUAAUGGAUUUCCAAGCGGGAUUUACAGGCAAUCCUCUGACAAUGAAGGCUCGACCCGUUUUAAUAAGAGAAGACUUAGGCUUUCAAAGAUGAAAUAUGUAGAAAGCCCUUCUCUCGAACAAAAUGCAAAUGAGGCUAUUCACAGUAUUACAGAAAAUUCUGAAGAACAGUGGAGGGAGCGUUCACAACAUUUUUGUAACCACUUGCCAUCUACAGAAGUGAAUUCUCCAGUUGGUGAAUUACAAGGUUCUAGUCGUUUUGGUUUCCAUAAGGAUGCUCCUGAUGGAAAUGGCCUUAGUUACAAAAUAGGACUCGGAAACAUGGGCCUAGGACAAGAUGCCAUAAAGGUCAAGAAAGGAAAUGUUGCUGUUAAGGAGAAAAGUAGCAGGCGUCGUAAUCCGCUUUUGCAAACAGAAGAAGCAAUUCCAGAAACAAGUACAGCUAAGUUAAUUGAGGGAAAUGGAGGAUAUGGAAAGGUAACGUACCAGGGCAGAAAUAGUGGAUUGUAUUCCUGCUUUGACAAGAAAAAGAAUAAACAUUCAAAAGAAGCAAAGAGAAAUACUGGAAGAAAGCGCAGGAAAAGGGUGAAAUGGACUGAAAAAAUAGAUAAACUUGCCUUUGAAAAUAAUUUUUCAAAUGUGAACAGAUCCAGUGAGUUGGUGUUGCACAAGCAAAAGGUAGUUUGCAACGAAGAUAAAAUUGCUAAGUUAAAGGAUAAAGGAAGUCAUUUGUUGGUUAUGAGAGAGGGGGGCUGUAAUACGCUCUCAAAUUCAUAUGAAAAUGUAAAUCCUCCAGAAGAAUAUGAAGGAAAAAAUAAUCAUACCAGUUCUUGUUUGGGAGAAAUAAGAACAAAACACUGUGUAAAUGUGGUGGAAACAACUCCUGAAUUAUCUGAAGAGAAAAAGAGUGGUUUAAAGCUUCUAGAAGGCAGAAACAGGAAGCCCUUACCUCCCUGUACCUUCCCUAUGGUGAGACUACCAUUUGACACCUUUGAUUAUCACAGAGAUUUUUCUGAUUAUCACCGUGUUGCAAAGAGCACUUCAGGUGAAACUGAAGAAUUAAAGUUAAGUUGUCGCAGAACAGUACCAAUGACUGGUCAAAGAAUUUGGCCUUGUAAUUCAUGUGCUAGAACUUCUGUUUGGUGUCAUAAAAGUGGCAUCUUUCAGGUGCAGAUACCGUCUGAAUCUGAGAAAACUUUAUGUCAAGACAAUUUUGAGAACUAUAAUGCAAAUGGUUGCCUUUUAACUGAUCGCUCUAUGGCAGAACCAAAGAAGGAAUCCACAAGUAAAGUAAAAUUGGAUUGUACGUCAUUUAAAGCGACACCAGACAUUGCUUCAGUAACCUCAGUAAUGGAUAUGAAGAUGCCUUUAUUGAUGAGUAGGGCUAAAAAUGUGGACUCAUCUGAGAAUAUAUGUAGAAAUGAGCAGGUUAUAGUCUCUCAGGCUAGUGAAGAUGAUCAGUUAAUGGAAAUGACCCUAAACUUGACAGUGGAUAAAAAAAGAUGUGGUACUAAAAACAAAGGUGUGCAAACAAAUAACCCCUAUUCCCUGGCUUUCCAAGAUAAACUGUGUAUAAAUAACAGUGAAAACCAAAUGAUCAAUCAGAAAACAUCUGCUAAACAGACACUUACAGUUCCAGACUUAAUGAAAACAUCAAAUGCAGGGCGAUUGUCAAAUUUCAAAAUUCCCUUUCUCAAAAAUAAAAUGGAACCCAGAAGUGCGAUGAAUGUUAAAUCACAGAAGAGGGAAACAUGUAGUCCCCUAGAACUUCUUGACAAUUUUCUUGCUGUGGAAAUGCCCCAGGCCAGAAAAAAGGAAAGCACGUCCCUGUUAAGUUCAAAUCAAGAGUCUAUCAAUAUUCCGACCAGAGUAACUCUUGUGCAGGAUAGUAAUAACCAAAUAUGCGGCAAGAACCCUGCAAGAACUAAUUUGCAGGGUCUGCCAAAGCAGACUGAUUUCAAACCAUCCUACCAGAAAUCUCUAUUUGCUUGCCCCGGGGGAGAAGCAAAAACUGGCAACUGUGAAAGUAUCCCACUUGCUUUUGAUGCCGAUUGUAGCAAGGGAAAUGAUGCACCUGAUUCUUCUAGUGCACCUUAUGUACUUGAUUCUUAUCAUUCAUCUGAGGAAGAUAGAGUUGGGAAAAAGUCAUACAAGCGCAUUGAAAAAAUUAAAGUUGAGUUUCCAGAUAUCCGUCAAGCUUAUGAAGAGGAUGUCCUUGUGAUUGAUGUAAUUCAGGAUGACCCUGAUCUAUUUGGAGGCCUCAGUGAAGAUGAACUUCCAUUGACUUCAGAUGAUAUUUCUGAAGAUCCCCAGAAUUUAAAUAUGUCUGAAGAACACCGGGUUACAGAAACAAGUAAAAACCUUCUCAUUCAGCAACAUGGAAAAGUGAAGUCAGAAAUGAAUGUUGAAGCUUCAUUACCAACAGCAAACAAUAUAACGUAUGAUUCUUCACUUGGACAAACUGUUUUGAGAGGACUUCCUAAUGAGAUGGUUGAGGAUGAAAAAGCAGAAAACUCAAAUGAAUACCAGAGGGAUUCAAACAUGUACGAAAAGGGAAGAUUUUCAGGCCGAGUGUUUAUAAAAGAAGAAAAAGAAAGUAUUCAUGAAGAAGAGAACAGCAAAGAUGUUAAAUAUGCAGAGAUUAUGGCUAAUGACCAUCAGGUAACAUCUCCAUAUAUAACACCUCCAAAUCUGGCAAUAUCUUCCAUGACUCUAAAUUCUCAUCAAGACGACACAAUUCUGAAACCCUGGAUAAAUGAUUUCAGAUUUCCAGAGGAACACCCCUUCCUGAUAUUGCCAAAUUCUGAAAGCCGUGAAAUAUUUCAAAGAGAGAGAUCUGCAAUAUUUCAGAAGUCCUUAGGGUUGACUGCAUUACCCCCUGGAUAUUGCAAAUUUUAUUUCAAUACACUGCGUGGCUGUGAGCGUUUACAAUGUAAAUUUGGCCAUGUUCCUGAACAAGGAGAUGAAAAGGUUUGCAUGGAAAUACUGAAGAAAUAUGUAAAUAUAAAUGAGCCAUGCUUACUACGACGAGCAGUAAACAUAUUUGUGGAUUUCUAUGGAGAGUGUCCUCCUGGAAUAUAUUUUGAUUUACAAGUGCUAAAUGAUCUUCUGCUUUACUUACUCGACCAUGGUUUUUUGAAAAAGCUAUUUCAGGUAGUGAACAUCAGCAUAAUGAUUAAAAUGUUGCCGGCUAUAAAGAUAUUUCUGAAAGUUUUUGAAUAUGUGGCAUCUAUGAAUUUGAAAUAUGCUAUACCUUCUUUAGUUGAUACCCUUCAUAAGCUUAUUGAAGCGGGAAUGGUUCUUGAUUCUGAAAACUUUAACUACGUUAUCAGUGUUUUACACCAAUUGCAAGCCUCCAAACAGCAUAUAAAUGCUAUAUUGGAAAUGAAAUCGAGGCUACGGCUGAAACAGUUUUCAAAGAGCUGGAUUUACGAUUUAGAUUUAGCUAUAGCUGAAAUAAAGCAUUGUAAAGAAAAGGGUGACUGGACUACGCUUGGAAAUCUAUAUAUGACUAUAAGAAUGAAAUAUGAAAAAUUUUCUGAUCUUAAGAGAUUUUCUGUUUGUACUGCUGAAAUGUUUACAGAAGACUGUACAAAGGAGAGACCAGAUGUUGUUCCUUUUUGUGAAUUUGCCGAAACAGUUGGUAAGGAUCUACAAAAUAGUGGAAUAGAUAAAACCUUUUUAGGAAGAAUUGGAAUUAAUGUGAUGUACGCCUAUCACAAAUCGCUGCAGUGGACCAAGGGAAGGAAGGUACUAGAUAAAUUACUUGAACUGCAAAUUCAUUUCACAACUUUGAAAGGACUUACUGGUCCUGAGAUGCUCGCCCCACGGUGCCAAAUUGUUAAUAUUGCGGCAGAAAUUUUUCUUAAAUGUGGAAGCCUGGAUGGUGCGAUAUGGGUAUUGAGGGAGUCAGAAUGGAUAAUAAAUACACCAACAUGGCCUUGUGAUAGAGUGGAUGUUCUCAUGCGACAUAACUUGCUCUGCAAAAUUGCACAUCAAGCUUUGGCUAAAAAUUUAUUCAGACAAACAUUUGAGGUUUUGCAGAAUCUGCCAGGUUUCCAUAAUCCUCAAGAAAAUGUAGAGGUCAAGCAAUACAGCCGUAUUUUUAACAAACUUUUACGUGCCUGCGUAGAGAGCAACAGCCUUGGUAUUUCAUCUUCUGUAGCAGAAUUCAUGGUUUCAAAAAUUAUCCCUGUUGAUUUUGCUUUUCUUCGAAGAUUAAUUACUGCUUUAGGGAGGAGUUGUUUGUGGCUUAAAGCUCGGGCCCAUUACAAAAGUGCUCUGUCAUUGGGUUGCUACCCAACAUUGGAGGGAAAUUUAUACCGAAAAUUACUUCUAAUUCCUUCUUACCUGUCUGAAGUUGAGAUGCUGUUAGCCAUUGAAAUCUUCCUUGUUUCAAAUGCAAAUAGUAUUCAGAAUCCUGGUGCUUCUGCUCAGACACUGCAGAUAGUGCUGAAAAGAUGUGAAGAAGGUAAGGUGCGGAGUAAUGAUGACUAUCGGGCAGCGACAGAAAGACUCAUUCAAGCUGCACGAAUAUCAGAUCCAAAGCUUUUCAUUAAACAUACGACUGUGAAUGUUACUAUGGAACAGGUCUAUAGCUUAGAACGUUGUUCUGCUUUAAAAUGGUUGAAAGAGAAUUUGCAAUGGGCUGGAAAGGUCUGGCUUUGUCAGUAGCCAUUAGUUUAUAAGUUGUUGUUUUUUCGUAAG